AUGAAGUACAGGUGUGUUACUAUUACACAUGUCGAUUGGAGUAAAGAUGAAUCAGCAUUUUGGUUUAGUCAAGAUGAAUUAGUGAAACGUUAUUUGGUUGCAGAGGAGUUACAUGAUGACACUAUCGAUCGCCAUCAUCAUAUCUUCGUUGAAUAUUCGGAGGACGUAAAUUUAGAUUAUGUUCGUAGUUGUGUUACGUGUCUGUCGGACAAUUUGUCAAUCGAUGUUUCGGUGUGUAAAAGUCAAAAGAAUUGGCUCAAGUACUGUACAAAAUAUGACUUUAAUCCGGUUCGUUUUAAUGUGCGCGUGGAGGAGUUAUCGUUUGGUGCGCAGUUGUCGUCGCAUGUGGAGGAUCAUUAUAUAUCUCGGUACCAGGUUGAUUUUAUGGAUCCAUUCCUAGUAAUGCAUGGGAAUAAUAGGUCAACGAUCAUUAGUUAUAUCAAUGAAUGGUUGUCCCGAAGAAGAGUGGAGAUAGUUGACCAACGUGAGGUAAUAUUACCGAAUGUGUCGUGUGGAUUCACUAUGCGGUUUGACUACUGGUUUGGUGAGAACAAGGGUAAUAUUUAUUUGUGGGGUGAACCUGGUGUUGGGAAGACAGAAUUGGUGGACUUCUACAUGAAAGGUGAACGUGUAUGGAGACCUUCAAGUGUUUCGCCGUAUAUGUGGUCGGGUUUAACAGAAGAUUUUGAGUACGUUUGGUUCGAAGAUUUUAGAAUUAGCAAUUAUCGUACUGAGAUAUCGCGUUUAUUGUCUCUUAUGGAUGGGAAACCUGUUAGUGUACAAGGUAAAUACAAGGACGAUCAAUUGGUGUUAACUCGUGCUCGUUUCAUUUUCACAAGUAACGAGAAAGAUGAUAUAGAUUAUCCGGAAUUCGCACGUCGUGUGCAAAUAUUUCAUGUCGAUCAUCAGAUGUUUUGUUGCCCGGGUGGUGCGGGGUGUGGGGGUGGGGAUGUGACUGUGAGUAACCCCAGUAUUUCUACACAGCAGCGUAUAAUGAAUAGAGAAAAUCAAGGCUAA